AUGUUUACUCACGUUGUUGGCAUUCUUUCCACCACAGCAUAUCACCAAGGCUCAAUGGGAGGUGAGCCAAGCGGUGGGCCAAUCCGGUGUCAACGGUGUCGGGAAGUGUGCAAAGGAGAGGUGGUUCGAGUUCAAGAGACUCACUUUCAUGUCAAGUGUUUUACUUGCACAGUGUGUAACUGUGAUCUGGCAAGGUCAGGCUUUUUCCAGAAGAAGGGCGAGUACAUCUGCACAGCAGACUACCAGCGAUUGUAUGGCACACGCUGCGACCGCUGUGACAACUUCAUCACAGGCGAGGUGGUCUCUGCUCUGGGACGGACUUACCACCCCAAGUGCUUUGUCUGCAGUGUCUGCAGUAAACCUUUUCCCAUCGGAGACAGAGUGACAUUCAGCGGAAAGGACUGUGUGUGCCAGCAGUGCUCUCUAUCACUGGCCAAGCCAAAUGAACCUAUCAAAAUACAUGGGCCCAGCCACUGCGCCGGAUGUAGAGCAGAGAUCAAGCAAGGUCAGUCUCUCUUGGCAUUGGAGAAGCAAUGGCAUGUCAGCUGCUUCAGAUGUCAAACGUGCAACAUGGUCCUCACCGGAGAGUACAUCAGCAAGGACGGAGUUCCAUAUUGCGAGGCAGACUACCACGCCCAGUACGGGGUGAAAUGUGAGGGUUGCAGUAGAUAUAUAAGUGGAAGGGUUCUGGAGGCUGGAGGGAAGCACUACCAUCCAACCUGUGCCCGCUGUGCACGCUGUAACAUGAUGUUCAAAGAGGGAGAGGAAAUGUAUCUGACAGGGUGUGAGGUGUGGCACCCAUUAUGCAAGCAGGCCGCAAGAGCAGAGAGGAGACUCAGGCACAGACGCCUGUCAGAGACCUCCAUCUCUCCUCCAGGCUCCUCCAUUGGCUCUCCCAAUAGAGUUAUAUGUGCCAGAUGGGCGAAUGAGUUCCUAGAUUAUAAGGACCUAGCUGCCCUCCCAAAGAUCAAGGCCAUAUAUGAAGUCCAGCAGCCGGACCUCAUAUGUUCCUCUUACCAGCCCUACCAGAGAUACACCUCUGAUGACAGGCUAGACAUGACUUACAGCUAUGGGGAGUCACUUGGGACACUUUCUCCCUAUUCUCAGGACUACGGCUGCAUGGACAUAAAGCAGAGACGAUGCUCCAGUCCAGGUUACAUUGACUCCCCAACCUACAGUCGCCAAGGCAUGUCACCCAUCAUGCCUCGCUCUCCACAGCACUUCGGUUACCCUGGAUCUGAGAGUGGCAGAAGUUCACCUUACUACAGCCAAGAGGGGCGGUCCAAUACACCGACCCUCAUCCAGCCCCCAAAACAUUUUCAUGUACCAGCCACAGGGGAGCCCAACAUCUACAGGAAGCCUCCCAUCUAUAAGAGAACGGACAAUCAUUUGAAUGCAGCAACCAAAAGUAGGACCAGUGAGGAUAUCCUAAGAUCCUCCAGAUUGUCCACCUACUCACCUGAGCCAUACACCCAGUCAGAGUGUGACUACUACCCAUACAGCAGCUCUCCACGAACCUAUCGGGUACCAAGGAGACGGUACUCAACUGGGGGAGAUGAAGAGAGUUGGAGUCACAGUCUUCAAAGAAUCGGGAGUGGCAUCGGGAGGAUGAUCCUUAAGGAGGAGAUGAAAGCUAGAUCUGGUUCUUACGACAAUGACCCCUGGGGCAGUGCAAGGAAUUCUCGUAGUGGGAGCAAGGAGACCCUCAACACAACAUGCUACAGCUCUACAGCUUACAACAACACUAUCAAUGGAUCUCCUCGGUCCCAAUAUGGCACUGAGAAUGAUUUUGUGUGCAAAUCUGCCUCACUUCCGGGUUAUGGACGCAAUGGUAUGCAACGGCCUCAGAGUGCUGACUGCUACCAAUACCAGUACGACAGCAACAGUGAAGUCAACUGGGGAAGCAGAGCGGAAUACAAGAUUUAUCCUUAUGAGGCGCUGAUUGUCACCACCAGAGGGAGGAAUAGACUUCCCAAAGAUGUUGAGAGAGCCAGACUAGAGCGACACCUGUCCCCAGAGGAGUUUGUCCAAGUGUUCGGCAUGACCAUUGAGGAUUUUGACAGGUUGGCUUUAUGGAAAAGGAACGAGCUAAAGAAACAAGCCCGACUAUUUUAA